AUGGAGGAGACAACAAUGAUGAAGAUACCUGGGAACGAGAUCACCAAACUGGACAAGUUUGAUGGUUUGUUCUUUAAGCGUUGGAAAGGGAAGAUGUAUUUCUUCCUCACUGCUUUGAAGAUUGCACAUGUUCUGAAUGAAGAGAAGCCAACAGCACUAACAAACACCACUGGAGAAACUUCAAGUGCAGAAAUACCGAUACAGAAACAGCAGCGCCAGAAGUGGGAACAAGAUGACUUCAUGUGCAAGGGUUACAUUCUCAAUGGGUUAUCAAACACACUUUAUGAUGUGUAUGAGCCCAAAUUUGCAGACAGCACGUCGAGAGAACUAUGUGAGGAUCUCGAUAAAAAGUACCAAAUUGAGGAUACUGGCAACAAGAAGUUUCUUGUAAGUAAGUUAUUUGAUUACAGAAUGGUAGGUGAUAAAUCUAUUAUUUCACAAACUUAUGAGUUGCAAGAUCUCAUGAAUCAAAUAAUCUCUGAGGGCCACUCUCUUGAUGAGUCUUUUCAGGUAUCUACAAUUAUUUCUAAGUUACCUUUUGUUUGGAAAGACUAUCGAAAAGAGUUGAAACAAAAGAAAGAUGUAUUGACUAUGCAAGAACUGAUAAAGUAUACCCAAGUUGAAGAGAAUUCUCGUAAACUGGACAAACUUGAAUUGGAGGAAACAUCUCCAAAGGCUCAUGUUGUAGAAAAUGCAGCUUCUAAGGGCAAAAAGAGAAAGUUUGAUGGAAAAGGAAGUGUUUCAGAUAAGAAGAAGGUGGGUGAUGAUGAGGAAUGGUGGAUCGAUUCCGGUGCAACCAAACACACUGCCAAGAACAAAAAUCUAUUCAAAGUUUAUGAACCUAUAUCAGAUGGACAAGAUCUCUUUAUGAGAAAUUCUUCAACUACUAAGGUCAUUGGAACAGGCACAGUGGUACUGAAUCUCACCUCCGAAAAGAAGCUUUGA